GAUUGGUGCCGAUGGUAGUAUCGUUGGCGCUGUUGGCGCCGGCGGUAGUAUCAUUUCUGAUAGUGGUUGAACUUGUGGUGCUGGAAGCUUUGGCAGGGGUAGCUGUUGGUGUGAUGAGGUUAUCUGCUUCUGCACUUGUUUCUGCACUUGCUUCUGCACUUGCUUCUGCACUUGCUUCAUCUGCUGCUUCAUCGGCGGUGCCAUCGACGAGACGGGCGCCCUAGCCUGCCGUCUUUCAUUGAGAGCCCUAAUACGCUCCGAUCGCCUGAGUGGCCGUGGCGGCGACGGCCUCGGCGCCUUGCGAGAUCUCCGCCUAGGGGGUUCAACGUGGUCGCUAUCACUACUAGGUUCGUAGUUUGUAUCGCUCUCUUUCUCGCUAGGAGAGGAGGACGUGUAUCCGGUACUCUUCAUUGUACCGAUUAUAUUGUUUGGAUAUCGGCGUCUAUGGUACCCGAUUGUGACGAUAAGUAGUUCACGCUUACCGUUUCGGC